AUGGAACUUCUUAAAUCAAACAAAGGAAAUCAUAAAAUUGCACUAAAAGGUUAUACUUAUACUAUAAAAAAAAUAUGCCAAAGUAUAAUCCGAUGGAAAUGUUCCAAGAAAUCGUCACUUAAGUGUCCAGCAAUGUUAAUUACCAAUUUGAAAAUGAAAAAAAUCAUACGUUUUGAAGAAGAACACAGUCAUAGUGCUAAUAAAGGUGAAAUAGGAGCAAUGAAAAUCAAACAAACGAUAAAGGAUUGUUCACUUCAGACUUGCAACAAUUCAGGACAAAUUUUUGCUCAAGCUGUACAAAAUUUACCAAAAGAGAUAUUUAUUGAAUUACCAUCCGAAGAUUCAAUAAAAAGAAGUAUUCGUAAUCAAAGAAGCAGUUUAAACCCGAAAAAACCAAAUAGUCUACAAGAACUUGUUAUUGAAUAUGAUUGGACACGUUGUGGGAAUGAGCGAUUUUUAUUGAAAGAUAAUGGUCUAGAGUCAAGUGAACGGAUUAUAAUAUUUGCGUUAGAUAGUUCAUUAGAACAGUUAGCAAAUGCCGAUACCUGGUUUAUUGAUGGUAACUUUGGUUUAGCGCCCGAGCAUUUUUUACAACUGUACGUCAUUCGAAUCCAAGUAAAUGAAAUUUUUAUUACGCCAGUGUUUUGCUUACUUGAGCGAAAAACGCAAAACACUUAUGAAGAAAUGUUCAAAAUAAUUUUGAAUGAGUGUAACAAUCGCGAACUAUACCCAGAUCCGUUAUACUUUAAUGUUGAUUUUGAAAUCGCAGUUCACAAAGCUGCCAAAAUAGUUUUUGGUGAACAAAUUUUAAUUCGAGGGUGCUUUUAUCAUUUAUCGCAAAGCACUUACAGAAAAAUACAAAACCUGGGCUUGAUUAAGCGAUAUAGAGAGGACGAAAACUUCAAUUUAUACUGUGCUAUGAUGGAUGGAUUGGCUUUUCUCCCUGUGGAUAAAGUUUGUGAGGGAAUGAAUUAUUUAAAACAAAAUUGUCCAACUGGAGCAGAAGAUCUACUUCAGUAUUUUGAUGAAAAUUAUGUUGGAGGUAUGUUCAGGAAAGUUAAAAAAACAAACAAUAUAAUUUUAAGAAGAAUACCACCAUUGUUUGUACCAGAGUCAUGGAACGUUAAUAUAACAACUCUGUCAACAAAUCCACACAGAACUAAUAAUGCUUGUGAAGGCUGGAACAAUAGGUUUUCCCAUCUCGUCGGCAUUAAACAUCCCAGUAUUUGGAAAUUACUAACAAAAAUGUGUCAAGAAGUUGGAACGGACAAGGCAAGAAUGGGAUUGGCUGAAUUAGGAGAAAUUAAUCGGCAAAAAACAAAAGCUGGUAAAAAAAUUGAAGUUUGA